AUGGACUCUGGCACUUGGAAGUAUCUUUCAGGUCUCAAAUUCAAAGCCUUGAAUUGCAUACGGAAAUCUAUUGGAAAUGGGGAAUCUACUUCACUCUGGUUUGACCCAUGGAUUCAUGAAGGCAGAAUUAUUGAGUUAAUACAACAUCCUACUCCUCAGCUCACUAGCACUGAGAAUUGGACAGUUUCUCACAUCAUUCAAAAUUCUCAAUGGAAUAUAACUUUACCUUGUCUUAUGCCUCUGGUGAAUGCAAUAGCUGAAAUCAAAAUUUCUGAACAAAGUGAUCAAUGGGUUUGGCUUCCUGAAGUUAGUGGUAAGUUCUCCUUUGCUUCGGCUUGGGAUCAAGUUAGGACUCAUUUCAAUAGUUUUGAUCUUUACAAUGUGAUUUGGUUCCCUUCAGCAAACCCAAAAAUGGCCUGCUGUUUGAUUAAAUGUAUAUACAAUAGAAUGGCUACUAGAGACAGGCUUUCAAAAUUUGGUAUCACCUCAGUGGAAGAUUGUGUUCUUUGCUCUGGUGAGAAGGAAUCUAGAGACCAUCUUUUCUUUCAAUGCCCGUUCACAGCUUUUAUUUGGAAGCUCUGUAAACUAAAAUUGCGGUUGGAUCCUACGGUUAUCCAAGACCUCACAUCUGAAGCGCUGCACAUUCAACAGAAAUUCAAGGUGAGGGAUAGAACAUUCAAACUGGCAAGAUUGGUUUUAAGUGCUACUGUGUGGCAUAUCUGGCAAGAAAGAAAUCGUCGGAUCUUUCACAAUCAGAGGAUGCAUAAGGUUAUGGUGUUUAGGAGACUUUAUGAGGAUAUUAAUGUUCUGCUUCGUACCUGUAACUGGAAGGCGGGAAAUGAGGAGGUUCUAGCAAAUUGGAGCCUGGAUACAAUUAGUUGA